GUAGAGCAACCUUUGACCCCAAAAUGACCUGAAAACGAGGCUGUGGUGACUUCCGGGUUUGACUUUUUCUGUUCUUUUUUUUGUCCGUUUACUAACUAUUUUGUUCAUUUAACAAUCCGUUGGACAACACGUCAUGGCGGCCCGCACCGGUGGGAAGAAAAAAGCGGACAUGAAGGUGGUGAUCAUGGGAGACUUCGCCAUCGGGAAGACAGCUUUGCUGCAGAGAUACAUCAGCGGGGCCUUCCAGGACACGACAAGUACCAUAGGUGCCUCCUUCAUGCUGAAGCAGUGGGGACCAUACAACAUCGCUAUAUGGGAUACAGCUGGCAAUGAGCGGUACUCAGGCCUUACUACAUUUUACGUCCGAGGUGCCUCCGCCGCCAUCCUUGCGUACGACAUCAGCGACCGUCGGACGUUCGACAUCCUGCAGGAACGGUUCCUGCCCAUCCUGGACGGAGCAGAGGAUGGCUGCCUCAUCACCGUGGUGGGGACGAAGCUCGAUCUCGUAACGGAGGAGACAAGGCAGGUCAAACAGGAGGAGGCGGAGAGACUCGCGCUGGAACUAAACAGCUCACGGAUCGAGAAGGACAGAACUGUGGCCAGCAAAAAACUGUCUUUUGAAACCAGUGCUAAGACGGGCCACAGUGUAGAGGAACUGUUCAGCGCCAUGUUUGGUAUUUGCCUGCCCCUGGACAAAGCACCAAAAACACCAAAGAGGAACAAUAGCACAGUUGACCUGGAGGCACCAUCAUCAAGCAGAGUGCCUGUUGGAGAGAAGGCUGGCUGCUGUAACUGAUUUUUUUGGAAAUAGAGCAGAAUCAAUUAGUUUUAUUUUCAAAGCCAGAAAACAAAUGUAUAAUGGGCCCACAUGUAUAAGAGUUGUAAUUUUGCUGGUUGUUUUUAAAAAAAUUACAAAUCUUAGGAUAAUUUAAUUUUCUUAAGUUUUGUUGUACUCUAAGACUAUAUACAUGGUUCACCAACUGCAAUUACAAUGAUCUAUUGUAAUAUUCUGUUGCCAACAUCACCAUGGUGCCUUAUACUAUGUUAUAGAAACAAAUGACUAUUUUAGUAUGAAUGCUAUCCAUGUGAUAAGUAUGUAGGUCCUGGGACACUUUUCGUAAGAGAUGAGAAUGCAGGUCCAAGCUCAUUCAUAAACAAUAUUCAUGUUCAAGACUCUAACUUGACUUGACUUGAUGUAGAAAGCAGUUACUAUGCAAAGCUAUUGACCAACAGACAACAAAGUAACAUGGUACCCUCAAACACCUAUUAUCUGGUAGUCUGGAAUUGAUACCUACAUUUUUUAUGCAAUCUUUUUUCUGAACUAUAAAAUCUUGUGCCAAUUGACUAAUGUUUAUUUCAUUUUGGCCCGUUUUUAAAAAUCUUAAUCAACCUGCUGACAGAACUGGUUUUGUCAGUAUAGCUAGAUUACUGAGGGGCCAAACUGUAACAUGUACAUAUAAUGCUGUCUAGUUUUGCAUUAAUUCUAUAUAUUGCAAAAAUUCAACAAAUUGGCAUGAAGAUAUUGUAGAUCUAAAAUCAUCAAAUUCAUUUCAAUGUAAAAAUGUUCUAAUGUUGUCCACUACCAUAGAUAUCGUAGUAUUGUUGACCAUUUAUUAUUUACUAUGAAUUUAGAAAGUUCAUCUGUGUUGAAAGGAAUAAUUCUAAACAAAGUUGAACUGUAAUUUAGAGCACAAAGAAAUAGACUUGACCAAUAACUGAAGUGUGACAGUUGAAAAUUUAGACAAGUCCAACUUUUGUACUCAAAAUUACAGUUAACUUUCCUGUAGAAUAUUAUUAAGUUAUGUCACCAUGCAGUACUAGUGGUCCAAGUGUACACAUGUAUGUUACUCAGAAAUAAUCAGAGGAACUUGUACACUUAACUUUUUUUAAGACUCCUUUUAUUCUGGUGUUAUUUGAUACUGGUUAAUGCUGUUGACAUGGCAACAAUCACAUAAUAAUGUCUAUCUUACCACCAACUAUUUUCAAUUCAUACACAUGUAUAUCACAAAACUGUGUCAUUGUAAUUAGCUGUAAUUAAUGUAAAUCACUGAUGUAAUUUUACAAUAUGUACAAAGAAAUGUAAACAUGAUAAGUCAAAGUCAUGUUAUAAUGGACCUCAAAUAUUGUCUGGCUAUUU